GAUGGAUCAGCUGUUUGACCACUUACCAGCACUGUCAAAUGAUUUCGAUUUUCGUCAACAGUUUUCUUGUUAUUUUAUCAAAUUUACCUUGAUUUGCCGUCUGUAUGCAAUGCCGCCGACCCACUAAUACAGAGCAAUGGCACGCAACGUGCUAGAGAGCAGUCUACUGGGCGCUGGCUUCAGUAUUAUCUUUCAGAUACUAUGCCGCAUCCUCACGUUCGGCAUCAAUGCGUACAUUGUGCGCAAUGUGGGUCGCGAGGUGCUGGGUAUCAUGAAUGUGCGCCUGCUGCUGCUCGAGAGUACGUUGCUCUUCUUGUCCCGGGAGGCCAUCAAUCGGGCAGCACUCAGUGCUAAUUCGCAGCAACGCGACAGGUGCUCGUGGGCUCAAUUGAUCAACCAGAUGUGGCUUACUGUACCCAUUUGUGCUGUACUCUGUGGCCCCUGCUUAUACAUUUGGCUCAACUGGCUAUCGACCGUGGACGCUAUCUACUCCUCCCAAUAUGAGUUCGCCUGCUAUGCCGUUGCCCUGUCGUGUGUCCUGGAACUGUUUGCCGAGUCCACCGUCUUCGUGGCGCAGGUCUUUUGCUUUGUCAAGCUUAAAAUUCUGUUAAACACUCUCCACAUCUUUGUGCGCUCGGCCAUCUUUCUGUGGAUCGUGAUUGGCGACAGGAGUGCGGCCAUCACAGCCUUUGGCAUUGCCCAGCUGGCCAGUGCAGUAACCAUAGUGGUCGGCCAGUUUGGAUUCUUCUACUUCUACAUUGGGCGCUUCAAUGACUACAAAAUGCAGCAGGCUCGCAAGAAACAGCCGACACCGACAUCCUGGGAGCUGACACUGUUCGAGCACAUGGACGACUUCCCGUUUACGCGGCUGACUGAGUUCCUGCCGGGCGUUAUGUUCGAUCCCAUUGGGAAGUUCUUCAAUCGCGAGCUGCAAACGCUCACGGUGAGCUUCAUCAAGCAGGGUGUGCUCAAGCAGAUCCUCACCGAGGGCGAGAAGUAUGUGAUGUCAGUCUCCCCCGUGCUGAGCUUUGGCGAGCAGGCCACCUAUGAUGUGGUCAACAAUCUGGGCAGCAUGGCAGCACGCUUCAUAUUUCGGCCCAUCGAGGAUAGUUCCUACUUCUACUUCACGCAGACCAUAUCGCGGGACACGCGUCUGGCCAAGCAGCCCCAGGACCAGGUGCGACAGGCCAGCAGUGUGCUGAACAAUCUGCUGCUGGGCGUCAGUUCCAUUGGCAUGCUGGCGUUUACCUUUGGCCAGAGCUACUCCUAUCCCGUGCUGCUGCUGUACGGCGGGCCAGACUUUGUUGCCGGCGGUCUGCCCCAGAGCCUGCUGCAGUGGCAUUGCCUGGCCAUCUACCUGCUGUCCGUCAAUGGGAUCAGCGAGGGAUACAUGUUCGCCACCAACACCAGUCGGGACAUUGACAAGUACAACUAUCUGAUGGCCAUCUUUUCGGUCAGCUUCCUUGUCCUAUCCUACAUUUUGACGGGCGUCUUUGGGCCCGUUGGCUUCAUCUUCGCCAACUGCAUCAACAUGCUGGGCCGCAUCCUGUACAGUACCUACUACAUCAGGCAGCAGUAUCAGCCUCUGUCGCUGAAUCCGCUGCUGGGCCUGAAGCCGGCCAAACUAUUUGGCGGGACUCUCAUCCUGUCUGGCCUCGUCUGCUAUUGGUACCAAAGCGCUGCUCUGGUCACCCAUCUAGGCAUUGGCUUGAUAGCCGGUCUUGUGUGUCUACUUGCCUGGGCACUGGCCCAUCGCGAUUUGGUGCGUUUGGCCUGGCGAUAUGGAAGGCGGAUCAAAAUCGAUUGAAAGACUCGGGGGGCAAUUUCCCGAAAGAGCGCACAGAAUGUGAAAUGGAAUACUUAAAUAUUUAUAUAGACAAUUGUAAAUUAAUUCCGGAAUUAAGUUAUUUACCUAUUGAAUGUUUGUAGUGCUUCAAUGCUUCGUUAAUGUUAAGGCAUGCAUUAAAAGACAACGAUAAAUUGUAUUAUAUUUUUGUUCAAACAAGAGUGCAGUGUAUCUUAGCUACCUGUUUGGAG